AAGAAAAUUCUUCUCAUUGAUCCAAUCGUGAAACCCUAAUUUCGAGAUCUCAAUUUCGGAAACAAUUUGAAGAAGAUGACAAAGGAUUUCGCAGUUCCACCUGUAGUUUUCCCCUCCGGUGGAUCUUCAGCCGGUCCUAAUGUCCAGCAACGGAGAUUCCCAGCGACACCGUUUCAACCGCCGCGUCCCUCUUCUUCCGCAAUUCCUUUCAUGUCGUUCGACAUAGGAUCCGCAGCCGCGUCUUCCGCUACACCUGCCGGACCAUUCGGCGGCACAAUCGCUUCCUCUUCGUCUUUUGGUGGAGGUUCAGCUUCGUUUGAAGAUGAGGAGCCUUUACUUGACGAGCUCGGUAUCCAUCCAGAUCAAAUCUGGAAGAAGACUAGAUCGAUUCUCAAUCCUUUCCGGAUUAAUCAAACUGUUCACAAGGAUUCAGAUCUAUCUGGUCCGAUCUUUCUAUACCUUGCGCUUUGCUUAUUUCAGUUGUUAGCUGGUAAGAUCCAGUUCGGUGUCAUACUUGGAUGGAUCGUCGUCUCGUCUAUAUUCCUAUAUGUUGUCUUCAACAUGCUUGCUGGUAGAAACGGGAACCUUAAUCUCCAUACGUGUACAAGCUUGGUUGGAUACUGUUUGCUUCCGGUGGUGGUUUUAUCGGCGGUGUCAUUGUUCGUGCCGCAAGGAGCGGGGCCGGUUCGGUUUGUGCUUGCGGCUGUGUUCGUGUUGUGGUCCACUAGAGCCUGCUCUACAUUGGUGGUAUCUCUUGCCGAUGGUGGAGAAGAGCAUCGUGGCUUGAUCGCGUCCCAAGUUUUAGGAUUGCUUGACAUUAGAUUUGCUUAAAGUAUGGCUCCAUGUAGGCAGAGUAGAAUUUUUUAGUUGGUUUUAGCAUUUGGCUGCGUGGAACUUAGCCAUAGCAUAGUCUAAUGAAAUAGUGAUUAGUAU